AAUUUAAUGUUCUCUAAUCUUAGCUGAAAUUUUUUGAUUAAUUUCUGUUGGACGUAAAUCCCUUACCGUGUAGAGCUUCCGGCAGGUGAGGGGUUGUAUUCUCUCUUCAAGGGAAGGGCGUGCUUGAAGCUGCCCCAGUAGUUGCUCCAUGUGCCUAAAGGAGCAGGCUUUGUCUCUUUAGAGGAUGGUGAAGUUUUUUGGAUAUUCUUUGAUAACUUUUACUCCAUUUCCUUCUGUCAUCCUAAAAAUCCAUCGCAGAUUUUCAUUUCAUAUCUAUUGCAAAAAUUCACAUAAGUUCCUUGCUGCUUUCGUUAAAGAUCAUUGUCAACUACAUGCAAAAGCAGAAAUGGUGACUGACUGCUAUAAUCCUCCUUUAUUCAGUGUUGCUCCUAUGAUGGACUGGACAGAUAAUCAUUAUAGGACUCUUGCCCGGCUCAUAUCGAAACAUGCAUGGCUAUAUACAGAAAUGCUUGCUGCUGAAACAAUUGUUUAUCAAGAGAGGAAUUUGGAUAGAUUCUUAGCAUAUUCUCCUGAGCAACAUCCUAUUGUCCUUCAAAUUGGUGGGAAUAAUUUGGAAAACCUGGCAAAAGCUACUAAACUUGCGAAUGCUUAUGGCUAUGAUGAGAUUAAUUUGAAUUGUGGGUGUCCCAGUGCAAAGGUAGCUGGACAUGGAUGCUUUGGUGUUCGGCUUAUGCUUGAUCCAAAGUUUGUUGGCGAGGCUAUGUCAGUGAUUGCUGCAAACACCAAUGUUCCUGUCAGUGUUAAAUGCCGAAUCGGUGUUGAUGAUCAUGAUUCAUAUAAUGAGCUAUGUGAUUUUAUUUAUAAGGUUUCAUCUCUCUCCCCAACAAGGCAUUUUAUUAUACAUUCACGCAAGGCACUGCUGAAUGGAAUCAACCCAGCUGAAAAUCGAACAAUUCCUCCACUGAAAUACGAGUACUUUUAUGCCCUCUUGCGCGACUUCCCAGACCUAAAGUUCACAAUAAAUGGAGGGAUUAAUUGUAUUGAUGAGGUAAAGGCAGCUCUAAGAGAGGGAGCUCACGGUGUGAUGAUGGGACGUACUGCAUACCAGGAUACUUGGAAUAUCUUGGGACAUGUUGAUACUGCAAUUUAUGGUGCACCAAGGAGUGGUCUCACCCGUCGUCAGGUCCUUGAACAGUAUCAGGUAUACGGGGAUUCUGUGCUGGGAAAGUAUGGACCUAGACCUCAUGUCAGGGAUGUGGUAAAGCCUUUACUUGGAUUUUUCCGUUCAGUGCCCGGGAAUGGUCUAUGGAAGCGAAAAGCUGAUGCUGCUUUACUGCAUUGCAAGACCGUCAAAUCCUUCUUUGAUGAAACCCUAGAAGCAAUUCCAGAUUCUGUCUUGGAUUCACCUGUUGCAGCGGCACCAUCUGGUCGUGACGAUCUAUUUGCUAACAUAAGUACUUUGAUGCCUCCCCCAUGGAAAGUGAAAGAAGAAGAGGAUCUGUGUGCUUCAUUUUAGUAUGUUUUCUCAAUGCAUAGCUUGCAGUGCUACAUUGCAUGUAAUUUUCCACAUUUGUUACAUUUCUUUGGAGACCGGCUAUUCAGUGCAUGUAACAGUAUUGAGUGGUCGAGUCAAGCACAUUACUUGAUUAUUUUUAAAAAAUCCAACUUCUAUACCUCUGUAUUGUAUGUAGGAUUAUAUAUCAUUUGAAUAGAAUACCUACAGCUGGAAAAAAGGUAUUGCUAGGCACAGACAUUUUGUAUUACUUGAUUAUUCUUUAAACACUCUGGUGCUUCUACCAUUCCAUUGCUGCGUUAGUAUCU